UCAAAGAUCGGUUAUUACCGUUCAAAGUAAAUGGCGAGUAACAUUUGAAGAUACAUAACUUGAAUACUGCUCAGUGUAAGUAAAAUUUUAUUGAAGUUUCUUUUGGUAGCUUGGUUUUUAUAAUAGCUUUUGAGAUUUAUUUCAAAUAAAUCGAUCUAGUAGGAAUUCUAUAAGAGUAUAUGUAAAAUAUCUAGAAUUUCGUUCUAUUCUUUUUUUCGUGCAAUCGAAAUUGGAAAUGCACAAUUUAUAACGGAUAUUAUAAUUCAAUGCACGUUUUAUGCUAUCACAAUCAAUUGAAAAAUCGGUGCAUAUGUCGAUAAAACUCAAAAUUAUUCUGAAUGAAAAAAUGUUGUUAUUAUUUCCAAUGCAGUUGCUUCUUCCGUUACAUUUCAAUGUUACAUAAUCAAUAAAUUUGAAACUAAAAAGGGAUAAAUGCUAUUCAUAAAGCUUUUCCUGUUUUUGUGCAUUAGUGCAUAAUUUAAUACAUUUUCAUUUAAAUUCAAAUCCUAUUUCAGUCAAAAUUGAAUUAAUCAAAGUCAUUCAUUAGGCUGAAUUAUUGUGAUUUUGCACUUUCGCUAAACUAUUUUUCUAAAACAGAUUUAAAUAUAGAACCGUUAGAAAUGGCUUCAUCAGAUAAUAAAGAGCCAAAAAAGAGUAUACUUAAAACACCGAGAUCAUCUGAAGAAAAAGUUCAUAUGGAAAGAAAGGAUAUGAAAUGGGAUGAGGGAAAUAUAUUGGAAACGUAUCACCCACCUAACAAAGAUUAUGGUUUUCAAAAGAUUGACGAGCCAAAAACACCUUUCGAAAGAUCGAAAGGUUUCGAUAGCGAUGAAGAGUAUAAUAUUCAGCCUCAGUCAUCAGCAAUAGAUCCCAACCAACUAACCGAAGCUCUAGACACAAAUAAGGAUGCACCUCUGAAAUCUGCAAAAGAAAAUCCAUUUGAAACUCCUGAAGAAAUGAAAAAACGCAAAGCUUUCGAGCAAAAAAGGAAGAUGCAUUACAACGAAGCGCAGUCUAUAGCUCUGGCAAAGAAACUGAUGAAAGAGGAAGCCGACGAAGAUGAUGAGGAUAAUUGA